AGGGGUGUGUGUGCCUAUGCCUGUGCGUGUGCGAGAGAGGAGGGCAGCCGUACCAAAGGAAGCCUCCCUCUCUCCAUCCGUGGGGUGCCCACGGUCUCCCUCCUCCUCCUAACCCUCUCCUCGUUUUCUUCCUGACUCCAAGCAACAGCUUUGGAAGAGAAGAGGAACUCUGCCCAUCUUUCAAGUUUACUGAAAAGUGCCACAAAACAAACAGAAUGAAGCAGAUUUGAGAGCAUCAUCAUAUUGAAGGCUGGAACAAGAAGCUGACCUUAACGGCUUUGCUCCCAGAGACUAUUUUUAAAAAGCAAAAUAAAAGGAGAAUUGCAGGACACCUUUCAAUCUGUUUGGACUCCCUGUUUACAGAAGAGAGAUGGAGAUGCCAUUAAGCACAAAAGGAAUCACUGCAUGCCUGCUUCUCUUUGUAUUAAGUUUGGCAGGAGCUAUUGAAAUCCCGCUUUCUGUGAGACAGCUCCCAACAAUCACAGCUCAACCAACCGAUCAAGUAGCAUUCCCUUUUGAUGAAGAGUUUACAGUCAAGUGUGAAGCUAAAGGAAACCCACACCCAAUAUUUAACUGGACAAAAGAUGGGAAACCAUUUGAUCUACACAGUGAUUCAAGGAUAAUUGCAUCCAACAAUUCAGGAACAUUUGUUAUUAAGAAUCGUGGGAACAUAUCCGUAUUUCAAGGAAAAUACCGCUGUUCUGCUUCUAAUGAGGUGGGGACAACUGUGUCAGAAGAAAUAGAACUUGUAGUUCCAGGCAUUCCUAAAUUCCCCAAGGAGAAGAUUGACCCUAUAGAGGUAGAGCAUGGUGAUGCAAUGAUCUUACACUGCAACCCACCCAAAGGGAUUCCACCAUUACAUAUUUAUUGGAUGAACAUUGAUUUGCAGCAUAUACCGCAAGAUGAAAGGGUCUCCAUGAGCCUUAAGGGAGAUCUUUUCUUUGCGAAUGUAGAAGAAAAUGACAGCCGGAGUGAUUAUUGCUGCUUUGCUGCAUUUCCAAGACUCAGAACUAUUGUACAGAAAAUGCCAAUGACACUGACAGUUUCACGUUCAAAGUAUACUAAUGAUUCCAGUUCACCUAGUGCUGCUAAGGCAAAUUUGUUCAAAGAAAGAAAGCCGAGACUAGUUAUCCCUGAAACUUCUGGCCAUCGUUCGGAAGUGACUGUCAUGAAAGGAACUGAUUUAUUUCUGGAAUGCAUUGCUGAAGGACUUCCAACACCACAUCUAAUGUGGCGAAGGGCUGACAGAGGCAGAGUUGACAGAGGAGUCACUGAGAAUUAUGGGAAGCUAUUGAAGAUAGAACAAGUCACUGCUGAUGAUGCCGGGAUUUAUGAGUGUAUUGCCAGAAAUGCUCUGGGAGAAGCAAAACAUGAGUUCAGUGUUGGUGUUGAAGAGCCUCCCACAUGGGUGAUAAAACCGGAAAGUGGGGUUUACAGUGUUGGUGGAAGCUUUGUCUUGUUGUGUCAAGCUAUUGGCUACCCUGAGCCGACGAUCAAGUGGAAAAAGAAUGGCAUUCCCAUCAAAGAUAUUGAAACAAAAUCCAGCAGAGCUGUGUUUUCCACAAGGGAAAUCAGUGUGACUGAUCUGAUGCUAAAUGACUCAGCAGUGUACCAGUGUGAGGCUACCAACAAGCAUGGCACCAUCUUGGCCACAGCAAACAUUGAUGUUCUUGAGAUUCCUCCAGAAAUAUUAACUCCAGAUGGUGAAGGGUAUGUUGCAGUUGUGGGCUAUCCAAGCCACCUGUACUGUCAGUUUUUUGCAGUACCACCACCUGAUGUCUCUUGGACUAAAGAUGACAGCAUGAAACGUCUUGAUGCAGAUCAAAAUGGAACCUUGGAGAUCAGAGUCACAAGGAAGGAAGAUGCUGGGUUUUAUACCUGUGUGGUGAAGAAUAUUGCAGGGAGACGUGGUCUCACGGCUACUCUAACUGUCAGAGAUGCCACCAAAAUUUCUGUUAUACCCAAGAAUCCACAAGUUUUGAAAUCACAUCCAGUUUCAUUAAGAUGCCAUUCUGAAUGUGAUCCACAUUUGAAACAUGACUUAAAAAUUUCUUGGAGAAAGGAUGGACAGGAACUUGCCAAGAAUGACACCGAAGAUGGGAGAAUAAUUAUCGAGAGGGACACAUUGUUUAUACAAAACGUGGAAUUAGAAGACCAGGGAGUGUAUACCUGUAUAGGCAGUACAUCUCUAGACAGUGCUACAGAUGAUUCCCGCAUAACUGUCCUCCAUGUACCUGAUCCUCCACAAAACCUCCGCCUAUCAGAAAAGCAGAACAGAAGUGUUAGGCUGUCCUGGAAUGCUGGAAGCAGUAACAAUAGCCCAAUCAAUGAAUCUAUUGUGGAAUUUGAAGAGAACCUGUGGGAGCCCAGAAAGUGGCAUGAAUUAAUCAGGCUCCCAGGGAAUGAUACUACAGUUGUUCUGCCAUUGUCUCCUUAUGUAAACUACCAAUUCCGUGUUUUAACGGUUAAUGCUGUUGGAAAAAGCCAGGCCAGUGAGCCAUCAGAGCGAUAUGAAACACCUCCAGCUGCUCCAGACAAGAAUCCAGAAAAUAUCAGAAUUGAGAGUUCUAAACCACAUGAGAUGAACAUGACAUGGGAGCCGUUAAAGCCCUUGGAGCAAAAUGGACCAGGGCUGGAAUAUAAAGUGAACUGGAAGCAGCACGAUGCAGUCGAAUGGGAAGAAGAAACAGUGCAAAAAAAUUUCUUGGUUUUGCAGAACACUCCCAUCUUUGUACCUUACGAUAUCAAAGUUCAGGCACUAAAUAACUUUGGGUCUGGUCCUGAACCCAGUUUAGUAACUGGCUAUUCAAGUGAGGACAUCCCUGAAGCUGCUCCUUCCAAUGUAAUUGUGCAUGCCAUCAACAGUACUCUCGCUAAAGCCAUCUGGUCUAAAAUUCCGAAGGACAGAGUUCGAGGGCACCUCAGAGGCUAUAAGGUCAGCUGGUGGAAAACACGGAGUCGCCUGGAUGGAAAAAACCAUCACCCAGAGAAACACUCCUUGACAUUUAAUGGAGACCGUAAUGAUGGGAUGAUUCCUGGACUAGAGCCAUUUAGUGAAUAUCACUUAACAGUUUUGGCAUUCAAUUCCAAAGGACCUGGACCAGAAAGCCGGACAGCUGUAUUCCAAACACCAGAGGGAGUCCCAGAAAAGCCACACUUUUUGAAAACACUGAAUUUUGAGAAAGACUCAGUAACACUGUCAUGGGGACCACCUAAGAAACCAAAUGGCAUUGUCACUGGAUACGUUUUACAGUACCAGAUGAUUAAUGAAACUGAUGACAUUGGCCCUUUACAUGAAAUCAAUAUUACCAGCCCUUCAACAUUCAGCUUCAGACUUUCCAAUCUCAGCAUCAGCACAAAGUACAAGUUCUAUGCAAGGGCCUGUACAAUAGAAGGUUGUGGGAAACCAAUCACAGAGGAAGGCAUAACAAAUGCUGAAGGUAGUAAAGCUGUCGGGAAGAUUUCUGAAGCAGUAAACCCAACCCCAAAGACUCAGCCACUUGAGGCACUUGAGCCUGGAACUGCAUACACAGUUCGACUAGUGACUAAGCAUUGGGUUGAUAAUAAUAGUAUUUCUGCAGAUGUAAUUGAGACAAGGGGGAGAGCUUAUGUUGGAAUUUAUGAACGAAUCUCUACACAAGGCUGGUUUAUUGGACUGAUGGGGGCCAUUGCUUUGCUUACCUUAUUGUUGCUCACAGUCUGCUUUGUGAAAAGGAACAAAGGAGGAAAAUAUUCAGUGAAAGAAAAAGAAGAUUUGCAUCCAGAUCCAGAAGGCCAAUCCAUAAAGGAUGAAAUCUUUGGUGAAUACAGCGACAGUGAUGAAAAGCCUCUCAAAGGAAGCCUGCGGUCUCUGAACAUGGACAUUAAGGCUGCAGAAAGCGCUGACAGUUUGGUGGAUUAUGGAGAAGGGGACCACAGAAUGUUCAGUGAAGAUGGUUCAUUUAUUGGCGCUUAUACCGGAUGUAAGGAGAAAGCAUCAGCUGAAAGCAUCGGGAGUUCUACAGCAACUUUUCCUCUCCAUGCAUAAAAUAUUAGCAUGAAUCAUUCAUUUCAAGUCACCAUAUUUAUCUUUACUAGUCAUCAGAUAUCAUCCAAGUCAGAAAUAGGCUGCAAAAAAAAGUUCAAGACCUCAGCAUUCAGCCUUAGUAGAAAUAGGGAGCUGACUUCAGAGCUGAUUUGUGAAACUCUUCUUCUUUAUGCCACAGGCAUUUCCAUCCCAUUAAAAUGUGACUCAGAACUAAAAUUUGAUACGACACAUGCCACUCAGUCUGACCAAAACCUCAGCUACUUCCGUGUUAUAUAUGUUUGUGAAUGUAUAUAUAUAUAUAUAUGGGGACAUGAUACCUUCUGUGUUUCUUACAGCCCAGGUCUAUAGCUAUGUGUGGCUAUAGCAGCAAUCAAACAAUUUACACUAACAUCAUAUUACUACUACUGUGUCUCUAGUUUGGACAGUGGGCCUAUUUUUCCUGAUGUAAUCCUAUUAUGAAUGUUUACUGGAUAUAAAGAGCAACUGGGCUGUUCUGCUAACAAAACAGAUUUCAGCCGGGGCACCAAAAAGGACAUCAGCCAAUGACUCCUUUUGCCUUCCAUAGCCCCCAUGUUGUGCACCCUCAAAAUUUCUCCCAAAGGGCAGGUUUGGGUGCAGUGUGGUGGGCUACCAGCAGUGAAAGAGAGCCCCAUUGUCUUAGUUGGCAACACUGCAUUUGAGCUGUAAGAUUGCACUGGCAAAACUGCCCCAUCUUAGCCAAUGCUUUUUUGGGGUCUCAUUCAAGAAAAUAAUUUCCAGUCCUUCCUUCACUACAUUAGCUCUAGUAGUCAGUUGUGUGCUGCACAAUACCUCUGAACUUUUCCUAUAAUGCACCUCGUCUUGCUAAAGGUGGCUGCUCUUAGUGUUUGAGCAGUGACCUACAGGGUAGCAGUAUGCCAUCUUGUAUCAGAAACACUACUGGUGCAGGGCAUUUUAAAACUUAUUUGGCACACUGUACAUAGUAAAACAGGGUCUUAACUAGAACCCUUUUCUUGUCUUGUUUCUGUUCCUCUGUAUAUAUUCUUCCAACACACCCAAAGUUCCCCAAUAAUCUGAUAUAGCCUCAGUAUUACAGGGAUCACAGACACCAGACAGGGAAAGCAGCAACACUUGCAUACAGGAAGACAUUGUAAGUGAAAACUGCAUUCCAUAUGAGACAUUAUUUAAUAUCCCGAAGGAAUCAUCCCAUUGGUUUUCGAAAUUGUACUCUGUGUCACUGGCAGCAUCUUAGGAAGACAGAAUGAUCUAUCUACAAAAAAAGCUGUUUUCAAAGCUACUGUAACUUCUAUCUCUUUUCCCCACUAGCUGGCACUCUUUCUUUAUGCAAUCAGCUGCAAUAACCUUCCUAUGAUUGUGAACAGUAUAUGGCUGAUUCAGAGAUGUGGAGCUCUAGUUAAUACAAAUAGAUCUCCUGUCUCUCACCCAUGAAAUAUGAAAUGAAUUCUUUUUUUAUGGAGAGUGCUAUCUUCAAAAGCAUGUUCAGUGUAGCAGCACCCUACCUGUAUAUUAGUAUGGAGAAAUACCAGUUGUGAAUUGUUGUACAUAUUAUGUUCACAUUGAUUUAUUCAGGUCCACCCAUACCUGGUUUAUCUGCAGACAGAUACAAUGGUAGCACAGCGUUAUUCAUUGAGUAGCUACUGAGUUUCUCCUGCGGGUUGGAUUUCUUUGAAUAGGAACACUUUUGCCUAUAAAAUGUGUUGAGAAAUAUUUCUAACAAAUUCCUCUCUCCCAUCAUCUUUUGUAAAACUCUUACUUUGAAGUCUUCAUGACUAUUUUAACAUUCAUCUGGGUUCCUAUUUACAUUGUGUUGAAUCAGAGCAAAUGUAUUUUCUGAGAAAGCCUUUUAUAUGUGACCUUUCAGUACACACAGUACACAAAGUACUAUAUUGGAUAUAAGAAGCAACAAUUAUCCAGAGUUACUUGAAUGAUACAUAUAAGUUGUCUUAAUUAAAGUUAUAUUGGAGGCUGUUGCUUGAAAAACUGUUCUGAGAUGAACAAGCCUCAGUAUUUUGUGUGAAAACAAUAUUAAUUUGCUCCUCAGCCUUAUCCUAGGCAAGAAUUUGCUGAUAAACCUGCUCCAUGCAUUUUUUAUUAUGAGCAUGUGCAAAUAAAUUUUUUUCAUUA